AUGAUCAACUCUUCCGAUAUGGUUGUCAUAAACCCAUUGACGGCAGUCAUGACUUUGUACAGAAGCGCCCGAAAUCUCAGGACUAAUGUCAUAAUCGACGAGUCAUUGAUAUUUCGGGGCGGCAUAUGGCCCUUAACCACGAUCCUCAUCUCCUACCUGUUAUUCGCCUUAUAUUUAGGGCCGAAAAUGAUGGCCAACCGGAAGCCGUACGAACUUCGAGGGCCUAUAUUUGUCUACAAUAUAUUUAUGGUUAUACUAAACGUGUACUUCUUCUUCGAGUCCAUCAGCGCCUACGAGUUCGGCAGAGCUCUCAUGAACUUUGAGUUCCCGCCGCACGACACCAAACACAUCACCCCUCAAGAGAUGCGUCGCUUAACUUUCGUCUACUGGUAUUUCAUCUCAAAGAUCAUCGACUUAAUGGACACCAUAUUCUUCAUACUGCGCAAGAAGUGGUCACAAGUGAGCCCACUUCACGUCUACCAUCACUCGUCGGUUCCGCUGUGCGUUUGGUUGGCCGUGAAGUUUGCGCCGACGGCCGGAGUGAACGGCAUAUUCCCGAUCCUUAACUCCGCGGUUCACGUGCUGAUGUACACCUACUACGCGCUGUCGGCAUUCGGGCCGUCCGUCCAGAAGUACUUGUGGUGGAAGAGGUAUAUAACACAAGUCCAGUUGAUUCAGUUCGUCGUAUUCUUCGUGUACGGCACCACCUAUUUGUUCAAACAGACGGGUUGGCCCACGAUAUUGAUCUGCACGUCUGUGGCUCAGCCGCCCCUCUAUUUGGUGUUAUUCACGUCUUUCUAUUUAAACACUUACUGUAAAACUCAAUCUCAAACUCAACUUAAGAAACGAAAUUAG